AAGUAGACACGGAGCAUUCUGAAUUCAAGAUAUCCCGGGACGAACCCCAGUAUAGCCUGAAUUCAGUGAAUCUGAAAAUCUGAGAAUUAUUCGAGAUCAAUCUCAGACCUGGAUGGAUUCAGCUCAGUAGACCAAGUUUUGAAUGUAUAGAGUGAGGUUCAGGUUAACAAUGCUCCUCCAGGUGGUAAUCCUACUCCUCUCCAACCUAUCUAACACCCUGGCACAGUUCGGAGAUGGGAAUGCAAAUGAGUUUGUGGAUUCAAUGCUUCGGGAUGUUAUGAAGUCAGGAGAAAAUGAGAUAGAGUUGGAAGAUGAGAAGUUUGUUCUAGUUGUAGAUCUACUUUUCUUUAAACCUCAGCUACACCUAGAGAUCCGGAAUGGAGUGUUUAAAGGCUUGAAUUCUUUAUCAAGAUCCAGCGAUGCUAUUGUUACAUAUGACGAGUCAGCGGGUAGACCUGUGUUUACUAUUUCCUCUUCUCUUCUCCUGUCUAACAUAUCUAUGGUUUCAGCAGCACAGGGAAAGAUCAUGAGUCUGGGAUUUGGGUUGACGAUGCCCAAUAUAGGAUUGGAUGUGACAGUGGAGGGCGUUGACAUCGCUUCCGUCAUUGACCUAGAUCUCAAGGAUCUGACGGAGCUCAAGCCACUGGUCAGAAAUGUGACCUUUAAGGAUGUUGGACAUAUAAAUGUUGGUAUAACUGGAUUGAGCAACGAGCUGGACACCCUCAUCUCACCGAUCACCACCUUGGUGGUGAACACUGUGAAGCGGGAUAUACAGGAGCUGAUCACACCGGUUAUACAGAACACGCUCCAGACAGUUAUCAAUGAAAAUGCGCCAACUGAUCUUUCACAGAUUUUUGGAUGAAUAUUUAUUCUACAGUAACCAUUCGUUUGAUGGAUUUAGAUAUUGACAUAACUUUACUUAUAAAAAUAUGUUUUCAUUUAAACAGAUAAUUUUCGAAGAAACAAAACGAUAAACUACAAGCAUCUUUUUAAAGAAAUCAAUUUUUUCAGUUCAUAUGAUUCACUUUUUUAAAUAAUUUUAAAAAUAAAUUUCUUGAAUAUUAAAAAUGAAAGAAAAAGCUGAACCCAAAGACUCCACAAACCCCUCGUGGCCUCCCCAUCCUUACAAUCAUUGUAACUUCUUUAGUAUGAAACCUGGAUAAAGAAACAAACAUCUACGCCCCGAAUAUUCAGGGGCGUGACGCAGCAUGAAUUUUGUUUCUAUUCAUCUCGUGGUGCACGAAUUUACAAAGCGUAGAACUGAGUAACUUCUGUUUACUUGAAAAAGCUUAAGAAAAAAUGUCUAAAUUAGUAUUAAUAAAUGUUUCAUUAGAAUUAAUUUACUUAUAUCAAAUUUAAUUAUUUCAUUCUUUUUAACAUUUAACCUUAGAAAAGCAAUAAAAAAAAAUCUCUUGAUCAGAUGAAAGUUUCAAGAAUACCGUUGUGGUUGCCAUCUUUGCAUUGGCGGUCACCUAAAAUUUAAUAAGUUAAUUUUUUAAGUUAAUUUAAUUUUUCUUUAUCUAGUCUUCAGACUAAAUUUAUAUAAUAAUGCUCUUCGAGCUCAUAUACAUUUGUUUGUAUGUUAGCUAUAGCUGGCCAAACGGCUGGACGAAGGGGGCUGACAUUUUUUGAGAAAACCCAUGCGUACCCGGGCAGUAACAUUGGCUUAAAAAAUUCGAAAUUUUUCUUUUUCAAAAAUUAAAAUUUUUUUCUUUCAAGUCAUUUAA